AUGGAGGAUUUCACAGGCUUAUUAGCUAAAGACUUCGGAUUGAAACCUCAGGGCAAAUCUGCUCCGAUGGCGCCUCAAAGCAACUCUUCCACCGCUGAUUUCAACAGUUUCUACAGCUUCGCGAAUCCAUCAUCGAAGAAGUCCGAUUCGUCGCCGGUAUUCGACGAUCUGAGUCGCGAUGGUGAUGAUCUCCUCUUCAACGACGUCUUUACCCGAUCCUCCGAUUCUCGUUCUCAGCCGAAGCCGUCUGCUCCGGCCUUUGACUACGAUGCUAUGUUCAAGGAGCGGUCAUCACCCAAAUCGUCGUCCAUACCGGUUUAUGACAAGCCGGUUUACGAUGAGGACGUGUUUGAGGCUAUCCCUGAGCUCAAAAUCCCAUCGACUUCUUCUCAAUCAGCUCGGUUUGACAAUGUUUUCGCUUCGAUUUCGUCGCCUACGAAGCACAAGAAACAGAACAGUUCUCCUUUCGAUGAUCUGAUUGGGAACUUGGGGAAACGAGAAAUGGAAUCAAACAAGACGGAGAGUGAGAGAGAGGAGAAGGGUAGCUCCGUUUUUGAUGAUUUGAUCCCUGGGUUUGGUCGCAGUAGCUCCCCUGUAACUAAACGGCAAACUUCAGAGACGAGUCAAUCUCAGAAAUCUCCUAACCGGACAGCCAGUGGAUCAUCCAAUCUUGUGGAUGACCCAUUUGCAGUUUUGGAGGAGUCUGCAUCAACCCCAAGAGUGUUCACUGAUCCAUUAGAGGAAACUAGUAAAAGAAAAACUGAUCAUACAUAUGUCCAUGGAGGAGUAUUUGUUGAUAUUGACCCUCUCGAUAGUCUUGGAAAAUCAGGGACAGAUAUGAAUAGUAGAGGCAAAAGUCAUCUGAGACCAGAAAACUUCAGCGGCUCUCAGUCACCAGUAGAAAGUUCUAGGAGUUACCAUCCUAAGAAAACUCCAUUUGACGAAGUUUUGGAGCCGCAGCAUACAUCAUCCAAAACUGUUCCGCAGACUGCUUCUCCAGUAUAUGAAAGCCAUCAUAUGUACAGGGAGAAUUUGCCGGAGCAUAAAUCAGUCAAUUCAGGUGGAAGUUUUGAAUCAUCUGAUGAUGUGUGGCUCACUGUAUCUGAGAUCCCCCUAUUUACGCAACCUACCAGUGCUCCACCACCUUCAAGGCCUCCACCACCAAGACCUACACGUCCUAUAAAAAAGAAGGUUAACGAGCCUUCUUUAUCAAGUUCUACUAACCACUCACACGUUCCCACGACAGCUAGAGCUUCUGCAAAUAGCCCGACAGCAUCUCAAACGGAUGAUGUGGAAGAUUUUUAUACGGGAAGAAAUUAUUCUGCUGCUAAUGGACAUCCCGAGCCUCUGUCGGGCGAAGAUCCAGAUCUUUUCUCUUCUGCUGCUGCAUCAGCUGCUGCCAUGAAGGAUGCCAUGGAGAAAGCAGAAGCGAAGUUUAGGCAUGCUAAGGAAAGGAGAGAGAAAGAAAAUUUGAAGGCGAGUAGAGGUAGAGAAGGUGAUCAAAUGGAGAAUAAUGAUUCUCGGGAAAGGGAACUUAGAGAAAAGCAAGCAAGAUUGGAUCGUGAAAGGGUAGAGAGGGAGGCAGAGAUGGAGAGGGAGAGAGAGGAGAGAGAAAGAGAGCAGAAAAGAAUUGAGAAAGAAAGGGAAAGACUGUUGGCUAGACAGGCGGUAGAGAGGGCUACACGAGAAGCACGUGAAAGAGCAGCCACUGAAGCACAUGCAAAAGUUCAGAGAGCUGCAGUUGGGAAGGCUACAGAUGCCAGAGAACGCUCAGAAAGAGCAGCGGUUCAAAGAGCUCAUGCUGAAGCUCGUGAAAGGGCAGCUGCAGGGGCAAGAGAAAAGGCUGAGAAAGCCGCAGCAGAAGCUAGGGAAAGGGCGAAUGCUGAAGCGCGGGAGAAGGACGCUAGGGUUAAGGCAGAACGAGCUGCUGUGGAAAGGGCAGCUGCAGAGGCACGUGGAAGGGCAGCUGCCCAAGCUAAAGCUAAACAGCAAGAGAAUAAUAAAGCUAAGCAGCAAGAGAAUAAUAAUGAUCUUGACUCUUUCUUUAACUCAGUUUCCAGACCAAGCAGUGCUCCACGACAGAGAACGAACCCUCCGGAUCCUUUCCAGGAUACUUGGAACAAGGGAGGAUCAUUCGAAUCUAGCAGGCCAUCUUCGCGAGUUCCUUCAGGACCAUCAGAAAACCUGAGAAAGGCCUCUUCAGUAACGAAUCUUGCUGAUGAUCUCAGUUCAAUAUUUGGAGCUGCUCAGUCCGGUGGGUUUCAAGAUGUUGAAGGAGAAACUGAAGAGAGACGGCGUGCCAGGCUGGAACGCCACCAGAGGACACAGGAGCGGGCUGCGAAAGCACUUGCUGAUAAAAACGAACGUGAUCUUCAAGUACUAAGAGAACAAGCUGAGAGAAAUAGGAUUGGUGAGACUCUGGAUGCGGAGAUAAAACGUUGGGGUGCGGGGAAGGAGGGAAACUUGCGUGCUCUGCUUUCGACAUUACAAUAUGUUCUUUGGCCCGAAUGCGGUUGGCAGCCUGUUUCAUUGACGGAUUUAAUCACCGCUGCAUCGGUCAAGAAAGUUUACAGGAAGGCCACUCUCUGUAUACAUCCUGACAAAGUUCAGCAAAAAGGCGCCAAUCUCCAGCAGAAAUACAUUGCAGAGAAAGUGUUCGACAUGCUCAAGGAAUCAUGGAACAAAUUUAACUCGGAAGAACUUUUUUGA